CACAGAAAACUUCCGGGUGUGUCUUAGUGAUGUUUUAUGUUGUAAAAUGAGCCUUUUAAAUAAAUUAGUCGGAUUAAUCCUUAUCCUUUCCUUUACCGGUUGGGGAAAAGGAUGCAACGAUACCGUUCUGGAGAUAAGUGCUUUGCCAUCCCGAAUGUCCAACUACUCGGAACAAGUUCCAGACAAUCUUAUUAGUGACAAGGAGCUGGUUUCCGCAUGGUACCGGUCAACUCUUGACGGUCGAUUGUUUCUGCUGUCCGAUUCAAACAACCUAACUUAUGGGAACUGUGGAACGUUUUAUCCAAUAUACUCACAAGACUUGCAUCCAUUCAUGUCAACUCUCACGAGCGAUAUUUCUGUAAUCAAGGCUUGUCAGUAUGAGUCUGGAAAUCCUUGCAAUCUUGAUUACAACAUACCAGUGAGGCGAUGCAGCUACGAAAUACAAUAUUAUCUGGACCCUACCAUCGCAUAUGCUGCGUACUGUUUCGACAUCCAGUGUGUACAAGGCUUGUACGGGGACAAUUGUGAGCAUGAAUGUCAAUGUGUCGAGGAAAACACAGCUUAUUGUUACCCUGACAACGGUGCUUGCGAAUGUAAACCGGGUUGGUCUGGAAGUACAUGUAAUGAGGAUGUAGACGAAUGUGCAUCCAGUGACCUUCAUUCCUGUCCGAACAUCAGUGAAUGCGUCAACUCAGACGGGUCGUACAAGUGUGUGUGUAUGUCGGGUUAUAUAUUGUCAUCGAACGGUCUGCAAUGCGAAGAUACUCAGUGUGUUCAUGGUCAAUAUGGGGUGAACUGUCAGCACGAGUGUCAAUGCGUCGUACAGAACACAGCUUAUUGUUACCGUGACAACGGAGUUUGCGAGUGCAAACCUGAUUGGUUCGGAAGGACAUGUAACAUCAGUGACAGAAACGAAUGCGCAUCAAGUGACUUUCAGUCCUGUCCAGAGAAUAGUGAAUGUAUCAACACCGUCGGAUCCUACAAGUGUUUGUGCUUGUCGGGUUACAAAUCCUCAUCUGACGAACAGCAAUGUGAAGAAAUGUUUGGAGAGAGUCGCUGCAAUGGGGAAGCAUUGUUAAUGAAAGAUCUGCCCAGGAGGUUGAUCAGCAACAUUGAGGAUAACCCAGAAAAUUUACUCAGCGAUUACAGUUUAAUGUCACGAUGGUAUAGACCCAUUUACAGUGGUCGGUCUUACAUUCUUGCUUUCCAGAGACACAAUGUCACUUAUGGAAACUGUGGAGCGUUAUACCCAGUCGUUUUACAAGACCCACAUCCGCCUAUGUCGUCAUUAACGAGUGAAUUGACGGUAAUGAAAGGUUGUUCUUUAGACACAGACGGAACAUGUAGCAAUUUGCAGGACAUUAUGGUUAGAAGGUGUGGACAUGAAAUACAAUAUUACCUUGAUGCAACAAUUCCAUUUGCAGCUUAUUGCUAUGAUAUCCAGUGUUUACAAGGUUUGUAUGGGGAGAGUUGUGAGCAGGAAUGUCAAUGCGUCGAGGAGAACACAGUAUAUUGCUACCCUGACAACGGUGCUUGCGAAUGUAAGCCGGGUUGGUAUGGAAGUACAUGUAAUGUGGAUGUAGAUGAAUGCACAUCCAGUGACCUUCACUCUUGUCCAGAUAACAGCGAAUGCUCAAACACUCGCGAGUCCUACACAUGUUCGUGCAUAUCAGGCUACAAAUGGUCAUCGGACGGUCUGCAAUGCGAAGAAUGUGGCCAUCUUUUUUACGGUCCCGAAUGUGUUCUGGAAUGUCCAUGUAACGUUAUCAACGUCGUUCAAAUCGGCAAGCCAUGUAGACCUGACACCGGGGAAUGCUUCUGUAAACAGGGAUGGACAGGGUUCACUUGCGAUGUUGAUAUUAACGAAUGCGAAAACGGAAACAUUUGCACAGAGCAAAACACUUAUUGCGAGAAUUUACCAGGCGGCUACAGAUGCGACUGCAGUGAUGGAUAUAGUCGAACUGACAACGGUCACUGCGUCAAAGAUUCUGACGGCACGAGAACCAACCACACAGCGAUUAUUGCCAGCACCGUUGCCAGUAUCGUUAUUCUUGUUUUCGUUGUCAUUGUGGUGGCGAAAUACAGGCUCGGAAAAAGAAACGGCAAUUCCGUUGGUUCAGAGCAAAAUUUGGGUGACGAAUUUCGCGGCAAAAAUGCACCACUGCAGAACAUGAUCCACACAAGAACCGAUAAUGUGUAUGACCAGAUUUCAGACCUGAAGAGAUCGACUUCAUCUACAAACGACUACCUUCAUUCAUAUUAUGAGGGUGACAGGAAAUAUUACCCAGGCAUGAAGCACGACGAUCUUUCCAGACAGGAAAAAAAAAAUGUCGAGGACAAACCUCAUUACGUAGACUAUAUGCCUAAUGGAUUGCCAAGAUCGGAUUAUACGUAUUUGUACCCGUCCAACUACCAGACUGGUCACAACGGUAUGCCACCGAAAAAUCACAGUUCAUCCAAUGAUGGCUAUAUGUAAAUUGUUGGAGAACCGAAACAAAUAUUAAAAUAUCUAACUAUAACACAUUCACAAUAUAAAUUUUCUAGACGGAUUUGCAGAUAUUGCCAAGAAACUUAAACUGUAUUAAAAUAGUUAUUAAAACAGCAAUAUCUUCCAUAUGCUCUUCUCAGUUAAUCAGUCUGUACGAAGCGAAAGGCGUUGUAUGACUAUCAACUAUGUGUUAUAUUUUGUCCUUUCGUGCUUUUAUUCUGUUAUUAUCUUAUGGUAUACCAAUUUGAUAAAUAUUUUCAAAACUACCUCCAGUGGAUUAAGAGUUUGUGAGAUUAGUAAAUAACGCUGUGACCUCAUGACCAUUAGACACCGCAUCUUCAACAAAACCAUACCUGCUUUUGACUGCGGCGUCACUUUUCAAACUAAUGCAAAUGUAUACUUCGACUUGUCAUUUUCAAUUAAUAUUUUUACAUAGUGAUUAAUGCUGAUAUUGCCAGGAUGGUUGCGGGUAGAAAUUUGGACGGUUACCUGUAGGUAGCACUAGCGGAUCCAGGUGGGGGUCUUCAUUCUUCAUAUAUCCUAGUACAGAUUUAUCAGUUACUGUAAUGAAAAUAGCUGAUUGUAUUAAAAAAUCACCAAUUAAAAUUUCCUCUUAGGUAAUGACGGGACCUUAUCGGUUACAGUUUGUGGUCACCAAAAAAGAUUUUUUGUAUUCGAUUGUGUUUGCCUGUGAUGAAUUGUAAAAAAAGUAAAAUCACGCUUGUCGUGCAUAGCCUUUCAACGCUUUAAGCCCUUAGAUUAUAACUUUGUCCUCACCAAAAGAAUAGUUCACUUCGUUGAAAUAUUAAGUUUUGGUAUAAGUGAAAUGCAGUUAAGAAAAGUGUGUUUAAAGAACCGCGUGCAUUACAGUGUGUCAUAUAAAACCAUGAAAUGUUUAUGACCGUCUGUUAAAUGAGUACUUUUCUUUUAAAAACGUUAUUUGUUAACGCUAGCUCUAUAUAGUUCUUGUUUUAUAGUUGUUGACAUUUACUAGAGUUAUACUCUCUGUUUUUCUCUAUAGAGUUGUUGUUUAUAACUAGUUGUAUACCCCCUGUGUUACACUUGUAGUAAAUGUAAAAUAACCAUUGUAUUAAAUCGCUUUAAAUUAGUCAUAACUUUAUUAAUUAUCAAAUAUGUCAUAUAUUCAUGUAUAAUUGUACCGUUCAUUAUACGAGAAGCAAUCUUUGUCUGUUUUAUAAAUCUAUAUAGUACUAUUUUUUUCUAAAUUGAUCUGGAAACCUAUAUAUAGUUUAAAAUGAAAUACCUUUGAAAGUAAAUGACCUUUUGACCUAAUUUCCCCUGACCAACUAUAAACUUGAACUUUAAGAUCAACGUUCUGGCCAAGCUUCUUAAAGAUUGCUUAUAUGUGACAUAUACUAUAAAACGUGGCAAGACUAACCGAGUAUACGAGAUAAAUGUGAUUUUGGCAAAUACGAGGGUCUUUUAAUCUUUAUAUAUGGAGAUUUGUUUUAAAAAAAUGAAGCAGAGUUUUUUUUCAUAUUCUUAAGCAGAGGCUGAAUUUCGACUACUUCCAUUUGAAAAAAAGAGUAUUUUUUUACAGAAAUUUUGUUCCCAACAAAAUAUUGAAUUGUUUUAGUAUACAAUAUGCAGGUAAGCAUUGUGUGUACUGUUGUUGUAGAUGUGUUUGUUUAAAAUUGUAUGUUAAACUUUCAUUAUCUUGAAUAAAUGAGUUUGAGGCGU